AUGUUCGCGGCCAUGUUGGGAGUUGCUUUGGUUUCCUGCGGGUUGGGGUUGGGCCGUUGUGCUGCAGUGGGUGGUGCUGCAGUGCGAGUGGGCGUGGCCUCUGAGGGGGCGGGGUCGAAUCGGCGGCGGCUCAGCUCGAUGGUGUUUUGCAUCUCGGUCUUGGAGCUCAGCAGCAGAGACACCUUAGCGCCCUUGAUAGCUCCACCUGCGCGCAUCAUGCCCACACGGGCGUCUUCAUCCGUGGCGAACACAAUGAACGCCUCGCCACGCUCACCGCCCACAAUGUGCACGCCGCCAUCCGGAAUGGUUAGGCCGCUGAAGAAGUGGCGGAUGUCCAUGGUACCGGCGACCAUCGGCAAACCCUGCAGCCGGAUCACCACGGCCAUGAGGUCAGCGUACGGUCAGAAAGCUACAGGAAAAACAAGAGCCAAUCACAGCAGAGUCACAGCAGUUCACAGCCAAUCAUACAAGGCCAAACACCUCCAGACCUGA